GCGAUGCAUCGUGCGUGUCUGUUGUACGCCUUGGGAGUUACUUUUAUUUUGAAUAUAGUGUGAAUUAGAAUUUUUAAAGUCACACACAGGAUCAUACACAGCCCAACAUGUUGGUUUCCAGUCCCAGUGUCCCGGUAUCGUUUCUGUUUUUUCUCUGUAUCCUGUGUAAAAACGUACCCACCCCAGAGUUGUCAUGCAAAUCUGCAUGCUGAAAAUGUUUGUCAUGCGGAGCCCGAUGAGAAGCAUUUUCCAAUCGUGUUUUGGAAUUUGUCAUGCUCCAAUCAGCAUGAUAAAAUAGAUCUGUGAUGCUGCUGAGCUAGCUCAAACAGCACUACACUACGAGUCCAAAUUUGUCAUGCAAAACACCCAAAACUUGUGGAUUUGUCUAGCCGAGUCCCCAUCUUGACUAUGGGGUGGGGACGUUUUUACAUAGGAUACUCUGGUUCGUUUCAUUACAACCAGCUCUGCCGGUUGUCGGUUUGCUUGCGAAAAAGGCCCACGCGACCUCCAACACGUCACCUAUCAAAUAUAAAAAUGUCUGGGUCUGGAAACUUGUGAUGCUGGGUGGCGUAUCAUGAGGAAGCCAUAAGUGCUGGCUCAGCAUGACAAGUUUCUGAGCUUCUAGUUGUUGCCUAUUCUGCAUGACAAACUGCGUUUUUGCAUGACAGGAAAGUGGGGCUCUUGGGUACGGAAAGCGAUCGGAUCGGCGAGGUGCGUCAGGGGGCGUCACUCAUUCAUUCAUUCAUUCAUUGGGUAACCUGCAUGACAGAUUUUAUGAGUCAUGCCAGAGAAGCAUGACUGUAUUUAUAUCGCAAUAAUGAAGUAGAAGAGCAUGGGCGCGAUGGUCAGCAACUGCCCCCUUCUCUGCCUUCCUGUAGCAAUACUUCCAAAAAGAGCCGAUGCACAGCCAACAUUUCGUCGCGCCCAGCCAUGCAUGUCGUGGCACUUCGACGUCCCAAAGGUUGCUUCUUCAAAACUCACAAGUGUGAAUUGAGAUUUCCCGCCCUUUAGGCUUAGCAUUUUAGGCGUGAGGGGCGGGACAGUGGGCCACUAGGAGGAACAGGUACAGAAUCACCACCGAAAAUGGGAGUGUGCUUCAGCCUUCGCGUUACAUUACCACGGUUGUCGACUCCCACGCUCAGCUGGGGUGGAGGCAACCCGGUGGUGUGACUAGCUGCGUACUGACCAAUGUGAGCAACCGUAGCAUUGUCGCGAGGAGGAGGGAACAGCAGUCCGGAGACCGGUGGAUUCGCAACGCGAGAAGCCGGAGAAGGGGUCAGACCGCAACCUACAGAACACGAAUUGGAACCGCGAUGAGAUGAUGACGACGAGCCUGGAUCAACACCAUUUCCGAUCUGAAGUUGUCAUUAGAUGCAUUGCAGUUUUAUGUUUGUGCCUAUGUAUUUAAAAAAAAAAAAAAAGAAGCAUGACAAAUCGCGCAUUCUUCCAGACCCAGACAUUUUUACACUUGAUAUCACCGGAGUUGGCACGACGUACGAGAAAUUCCCGACCCGUGGCGUUCAUUUCCCCUGCGAAAAAGAAAAUAAUUCCCCCGCGGGCUGCCCCGGUUGUAAACUUCCCCGCGAGACCGAAUUUCAUGGACUGGGGAUUGCGCCGAUGGAUAGGUCGCGGCGCAGAAGGGGACGACGAGACACAUAAUAACUCCACUUCGGAAGCAGGCGAAGGUGGUCCUCGACCUCGUCAUUGCGUUGUUGCUGAGGACCCAACGACGGUCGAAAGUUUCGGACCCGCAUAUGGCUUGCUCAGAUGUUACAAUCUCAAGCGAUACAGUAGAGUCUGGAACUUGUGGUCUUGCAUGAACAGCAUGAGUACCAUACAGAGACUUCCUUGGGCUUUUCGCAAUACAAAUCCCGCCAGAUUUUUCACAUGGGGUUUGGAGCUCCGAAACCUGUCAUGCGCGCUCCUGUGCGAGUAGGCCAGACGUUGCGCAUCUUGCAACACAAAUUCCAGAUUCUAUUGUAACGCUUGAUAAGAUUGUAACGCCUGAGCGGUUUAUACCGCACCGGGCUCGUGGGACUGGAUCAUUGCGCAGGCAGAGAGGUUAUCAAGUGCAAAAAUGUCUGGGUCUGGAAGGAUGCAAGGUUUGUCAUGCACACGCUGCAUGACUCCUGAAGUCUGUGACGCAUGCUCUAGCAUCACAGAUUUUGUGAGGGCUUCCUGAUGCCUAUACUGCAUGAGAAAUGCCCGCUCGCCGUGGCAAAGACUGGACCUCUUUUGCUGUUCACGCAAUACAGAUUUUUGUAGAAUCCAAAUUCAGCAUCACAAGUUGCAUCCUUCCAGACCCAGACAUUUUUGCAUUUGAUAGAGGUUCGUCCAGGACCUAAAAAAACCGGUACGCGAGUUCGAUAUGAGAGUGCAUAAGUAUUAACCCCCCCCCCGCCCAUUUGUAGUAUCUGGCAUGAACAUCAGCAAUACAAACACCUGUGCAACAUGACAAUUUCAUGGGCCGAAGGUACUACUGUUUGGGCUUCCGAAGUAGUUUGUCACGUAAACAGUGCGCCGGGGAAGUAAAUGGAUUUGCGGUUUUGCAUGUAAUAUGACAAAUGAUGAGGGGGAGGGGGGUUGUGCACUCUGUCUCAUACUCGAAUGGCUGUAUGUGGAAGAAGAGGACAUCGUGAAGUCUCCCCCCGAAAAUGAUAAAAACGAGGAACGCGGCGAGGGCCAUUCUUCGGUCCUAUCAACAUCUUCGCGAAAAACUACUCACUCAGACUCAUCUGCUGCUCCGCCGGUCAGCCGCCUUUUGUCUGCCUUUCAAGAGUACGCGACGCUACACCCCGGUCGUGGGCAGCUGCGACAAGCACAGCCAGCGUCCGAAGUAGAUCAUAUGGGAGUAGAAUGUAAGGAACAAAGCACAAUAAAUCACCACAAUAAGAACACCCUUCCUCCAGCAGCUUGGAAAGAUGACCAAACGUGUACUUCUUCUUUGUCCCGCUCUCAACUUUCGUUGGAGAUGAGCGACAAGCAGCCACACAGCACGAUCACUCCUUCUUCGCUGGACUUGCAUCAAGGAAGGGCUUCUGCGCCCACUGCUCGUCCCGACGUGUACGAUGGUUUAAUAUUCGAUGCACCAGCAGACCACCCGGAGGACGCGUCUUCAACGUACCACGCGCCUUGCGGUGCCGCUCCGGCCGCGCGGUCCUGCGUUCGGUGCCCUCAACAAGGCGGGACCAGGAGUGAAAAAAUGCCGAGAGGCCGCGCCACGUUUGGAAAAGCAGCAAAUGUGGAGUACAGUGGCUACGAAGAUCUUGGGCGGAGUGCGACCGACAACAGGCACUACCUGCGGUUCGUGCGAACCAAAGAGCAGUGCAACUGGCCGCAGGCGCCCUUGAUAACACAUGGCGGGACCUGGAAUCACGUGGAGUGCGUGAAGAAACCGCUGUAUGGGCCGGUAUGAGAGUGAAAAAACAAAAAUCGUACCUACAGAGUCUUUACGUAUCUACUGAUUACUUAUUUGCCCUCCUGACAUGAACUACAAGCGGCAGCCAGCGUGAUCACAACUGCAAAAUCGACUACGUUGUAGACAGUGACUUUUUUUGUCUCUUCAUACCCCGGUUUUCAUUCCUACGAGCUCAUCGGCGAGGUGCACCACGUAGUGCCAGAAGUGUGCCAAAGUUUGCUGGACCGUGAACCUAGUGCCGCGCGUUCUCGUAGUAGUACAUGUACAACUGGCACCAGCCGCAAAAACAUUGACUCUGCUCCUGGUGACAGAGACACCAGUCGUGAACCAAUUGCGGCGAGCAGUGGGAGAAUUUCUCGGCGGGAUGAGUCCAUUGCUUCUUCUUCCUCGUCAACCAGGUCUGAGGGAAGAGCCAUCACGUCUUCUCACGAUGUUGAUGUCGAGAAGACGAAUAAAAGCUGCAGCAGUAAAAGGACUAUGACCGCAAACAACACAAAGGAUCUUCAAAAUGAUCUCCACAUUGGCUUCAUCAAGCCGUCGCUUUGUCCCUACUUUGGUCCUUUCUCGCAGAGCCUCCGGCCGGUGAUUUCGUGCGAGGACAGCGACAGAGGGACAACAUCAAGAGGAAUGAAAAUUUACCUGAUAUCCUGAUUAAAAACGUACCCACACCAGAGUCAAGAUGGGGACUUUGCAACACAAACCUAGGAGUUUUGGGAGUCACGCAUGACAAGCUUCAGUCCGUAAGGUAGUGCAAGUUAGCAAGGAAAGCCGCAUCACAAAUCGAUCUGCUGAUCCUGUUUACAGCAUUACAAGUUCCCAAACACGAUUGAAAAUGCCUGUCAUGGGGUUGCGCAUCACAAAUGUUCCUGUCAUGGCAAAUCUGCAUGACAACUCUGGGGUGGGUACGUUUUUACAUAGGAUACCUGAACCUGUCCCACCCGGACCUGCUUUCGCGCACGACCCGACCCAGCCGCAUCCUGGAGGUGUGGACGAACAUCGGAAAGGCGUACGUAAUAUGGAUUGCAAAAAUGUCUGGGUCUGGAAGAUUGCAACUUGUAAUGCUGUCUUUGGAUUCCAAAAUAAUCUGUAUUGCAUGACCAGCAACAGGACUCCAGUUUAUGUUACGCGGAGAGGGCAUUUCUCAUGCGGAAUAGGCAUUAGGAAGCCCUCUAAAAAUAUGUGUUGCUAGAUCAUGCAUCACAGACAUCAUGAGUCUGCCAAAAUAUGCAUGACAAACGUGGCAAGCUUCCAGACCCAGACAUUUUUACAUUUGAUACGUAAAGCAGCACCAGAAGUGGCGACACAGGGUGGCGCUGGAUCUCGUGGCAGGCACGAGAAGGGUGGAAACAAGACAACAUGGAGUUUAUUCGAAGAUGAUGCCGCGAAAAGAACGGAGAAUAGUUUCAGGUGGGUUGGAAAAUCAAGAUUAUUGCUUCAACGAGAAUACAGUUUGCAAAAAUGCUAAUGCACUACUAGUAGGUCGUUGUACAUCAAACGGUGCUGCUGAGGGUCAGCUUGAAAGUUGCAUCUGCACUCCACAGCUUCCGGAGAGCUUGGCCGCCGAAAUCGUCAAAUUCGCAUGAAUAUGCAAGCCAAUAAAAGAGAUAAAAGAACCUUUUUGUAGACAAUCAAGUGCUUUGUUUGUAAGUAGUUCCUUCCAAAACUCGUUUCGAUAUAGUGACCAUAGGGACUAAAUUUACUCGCCGAUGUGAGUAGACUAAUAAAAU